GCAAUGACGACUUUACCCUCGCUCCUUAUGGUCCUCGUCCUUUCUGCGGAUAUAUAAAACCGAACGCUCGUCGUCUAACCCUAGUUCUUCUCCUCCUUCGUUCCAGCCGACCGUCUCAGAACCUCAGGCCGCCCGCCCAGAAGGAAAUGGCUCCGAAGCAGCCCAGCACUGGCCUCUUCGUGGGCCUUAACAAGGGCCACAUCGUGACCAAGAAGGAACUCGCUCCCCGUCCCAGCGACCGUAAAGGGAAAACCAGCAAGAGGGUCCAUUUCGUGAGGAGCUUGAUCAGGGAAGUUGCUGGAUUUGCACCAUACGAGAAAAGGAUCACUGAGCUUCUAAAAGUCGGAAAGGACAAGCGUGCUCUGAAGGUGGCUAAGAGAAAGCUGGGCACCCACAAGAGGGCAAAGAAGAAGCGUGAGGAGAUGUCUAAUGUCCUCCGCAAGAUGAGGUCUGCUGGAGGUGGUGAAAAGAAGAAAUGAGGAAUUCUCUUGUGCAACUACAAUCUGAAUAGUCCGCUAGCAGUUUAGAAAUUUUCCUUGAUUUGGACUAUUGAAACCGGAAGAUCUAAAUUCUUGUACUUCCAAGAAUGUCAUUUUUGCCAAGACAAUGUUUUUCAUCUGUUCCCUUUCUACUCGUGCGUUUUUGCUUUUAACUUAUCAUAUGGUUUCAAUGCU